AUGCCGCUCGAUAGCCAGACGACCACCCUUUGGAUCCAGCCGACCGGCGGCGCGCUCGCUGCCGACGUCCACGGCAUCGAUCUGUCGCGCGACAUCGACCGCGCGACCUACCAGGUGCUGGCCGAUGCCUGGGCGCGGCACCACGUGCUGCGCUUUUCCGGGCAGAAGCUCGACGACGACAGCCUGAUGCGCUUCAGCCGCAACUGGGGUGAACUCGACCGUACGCCGGUCGGCACGGCCGGCCAGAAGGUCAAUGGCGUCGCCGCAAAUGCAGUCGACUGGAUUGCGGUGAUCUCGAACGUGAAGGUCGACGGCAAGCCGAUCGGAGGCCUCGGGUCCUACGAAUCGGUGUGGCACACCGACAUGUCCUACAAUCCGCUGCCGCCGCGCGCGAGCCUGCUCUACGCCAUCGAGUGCCCGCCCUCCGGCGGCGACACCGGUUUCUCCAACAUGGAACUGGCCUACGAGGCGUUGCCCCCCGAUCUCAGGAAGGCGAUCCAGGGCAGGACCUGCACGCAUGAUUCAAGCCGUAACUCGGCCGGCGAAUUGCGCCGCGGCGCCAGGGAGACCAGCGAUCCGCGCGAGACCCCCGGCGCCCAUCAUCCGCUGGUACGCAAGCAUCCCGUGACCGGCCGCAACUCCCUGUUCCUCGGCCGCCGGGUCGGAGCCUACAUCCAGGGCCUGUCGGUCGAAGACAGCGAAACCCUGCUGAACGCGCUGUGGGAGCACGCCAGCCAGCCGAAGUUCGCCUGGUACCAGCGUUGGCGCAUGGGCGAUCUCAUGAUGUGGGACAAUCGCAGCGUCAUGCAUCGCCGCGAUGCCUUCGACGACACGGCGCGCCGCGUCAUGCACCGCACUCAGAUCGUCGGCGAACCGGAUCCAACCGGCCUGGCCGAGUUGCAGGCAUUGGGCGCCCGCUCGGUGCCGGUCCUGUCGCGCGGCAAGGACUUCAUCUUCGGCCAGAGCACGCGGGAGAUCGUCACCUUCCUCGGCCUGCAGGAGAAGUCGGGCCCGGAACUGUCGCCGGCUGAACUCUAUGCGCGCCUCGACAAGUUCAUGACGGCGGCCAUUGCGCUGUUGCCGCUGAUGCCGAACGAAAAACUACACAUCCACGUCCCCGGCCGUCCCCGCAGCUAUCGCGCCCUCUCCUUCCACCUCUUCCGUGUGGUCGCGGCCUUCCUCGACGCCGAGCAGGGUACGACGCUGGUACAGGCGUUUUUCCGCGAGGAGCCGGCGGCCGACGCCGACAUGGCGGCGGUGGCUGCCUACGGCGCUGCCGUACAGGAGCGUUUUCGCAACUGGUGGGCCCAUGGCGACACCGGCGCGACGCGCCUGCUUCCGACAUACUAUGGCGACCAGAGCCUUCACGAAUUGCUGGAGCGGACCACCUGGCAUUCGGGCCAGCAUGUGCGGCAAUGGAUGAUGCUGCUGGAGCGCGAAGGGCGUCGGCUCACGACAGUCCCCUCGGCGAGGCGGAUUUUGCCCGCCUUCCGAUGCCCAGCAACGUCUGGGACGGCUGAUUCGCAACUUCCGGAGGCCAAAGGCACGACCCAACACAGCCAGUCCGGAGGACCAGACAUGCGCGCCAGCCACGCCAACGGCAAGGAUCUCGCCAAGGAGAUUUCCCUCCUGAAGGCCCAACUCGAGGAGCUGACGGAGUCGAUGAGCGGCACCGGGCACUCGAUGGUCGCCAAGGGCGAGGAAGCCGUCGAGGAGACGCUGAAGUCGGCCCGCGAACUAAUCGCC